AUGAGUGCGGUGUUGGUGGCGACCAGUACUUAUUGGUCAAUGAAACACAGUGGCAGUGUAGCCUACUGGCUCCUUUUGUCUGCAGUUCUUUCUGGGAUUUCUUUCGCUAAUUUCGGAUAUCCGACCCCCAAAGCGAUGGCGGACGAAAUGUCAAAUUUGGCCAAACUUGACCGAUACAAUCUGGCCAAGAACCACGGUCCUCAAUAUCAUAUCAAUCUCUCUUUCUCUUUCUUUCUCUCUCUCUCUCUCUCUCUCUUCGUUCUCGCGCCCUGUCUGAGUUGUAUUGCGUUUAAUAUUACACUCACCAAUUUUGUAAAAAUUCGUAACGCGGGUUUCGGAUUAUUCUCUCUCUCUCUCUCUCUCUCUCUCUCUCUCUCUCUCUCUCUCUCCCUCCCUCCCUCACUCUCUCUUUGCCUUUUUCUCUCCCUGUUUCUUUCUCCCACGUCUGUUUCCAUAUACUCCCGCAUCCUUUCUUUCUUCAACAAGUCCUCACUAUCAUAUCAAUCUCUCUCUCUUUCUCUUUCUCUUUCUCCUUCUCUCUCUCUCUCUCUCUUUCUUUCUGCGUUCUUCCUUUUGUCUGAGCUGUGUUGCGUUUAA